CACUAUUUUUAAUUAAAAGAAAGUUCCACUAUAUAGUAGUAAAUGAAUUUCUUUUUUAUUCUUUUAAUAAUUGCUUAGCUAGCUAGUUGUCACUUGGAACAGGGUGUUUUUGUUUUUUAAGAAAUACUAAUUUUAUAUAAUCAUAAUAAAAUAAAGUGUAAAUAAUUAACAAGAAAUUGUCGCAAUUGUGUAAAUAUUGUUUUAUUAAUUGAAAUAAGUAAAAAAGAAAGAAAUCUAUUUUUAUAAUCACUAAGCAACUCAUGGCCUCAACGAACAUAAAUUUUAACAAUACCUGUCCGUCAGUAGCAAAAGCCAAAAACACGCAACAAAAUUUUCAAUUAGCUGCUAAUCAAAAAUUGCAACAAAAACAACAACUACAACAAAAUGUUUAUAAUUUAUCAAAAGUAACAACAAUAUUUUUUGAUUUGGAUAAUACCUUAACACCUACAAGAUCGGGGGAUUCCAAAGCAUGUCGUAAGGUUUCCGAACGACUUGAAAUCCAAUAUGGUUUUACAAAAGACGAAGCAAAUUAUGCUACACAGAACUUUUUGAAAUCAUUCAGACGUUGUCCCGAUAAUGCACAAACCCCUUUAGAUACUUGGCGUACACACUUAUGGCGCGAAUCUUUGCCUCCUAAGUACAAACAAUUUGCCGAAUCCAUUUAUCCAUUGUGGCUGGAAAUGCGUUAUUGCUAUUUAGCCAUACCGGACGAUUACAUUAAGAUGUUAAUGCGUUUUCGUCAAGCCAAAUAUCGUUUGGCCUUAAUUACAAACGGUCCCUCCAAUGCUCAAUGGGAAAAGAUACGAAAACUACGCGUCCAGCCGUAUUUCGAUUGUGUACUAGUGUCAGCGGAUUUACCAUGGGAGAAGCCUGAUCCAAAUAUAUUCUAUGCAGCUUGUAAAUAUUUAAAUGUUCAACCGGACGAAUGCAUUAUGAUUGGUGAUAAACUAGAAAGUGAUAUAAAAGGUGGCAAUUUAGCUGGUCUAGCUGCUACAUUUUGGUUACCACUUACACCUGAUGCCAUAAAAGAUUUAAACAAUGAUGGUGAUGUUGAUCAUAAACCUACGCAUAUACUCAGGAAUCUUUUAGAUUUAUAUAAAUAUUUUAAUUUUAACAUACAGCAACAAAUAAAUGAAGAACAACAAGUACCUGUGUAUAAUAGCCAAAGCAACCACAAAUAUCGUCGUACAGGCGACUCCUUGCCAACAACAAUUGAUUAUUUAAUAAGUAGUGAAACUGAUAAUAGUUCAGAAAAUAGUUCUGAUAGUAUAAAUUAAACUGGUACCUAACUAAAUAUAUUACAUACAUAUGUAUGUAUGAUGGAUGUAUAUCAUCAGAAUUUGAAGAUAAAAUAUUUCUUCUUGACUCUGUAAUAAAUUGAAAAUUAAUGUACAACACUUUGGUACCAAACACAAAUAUAAAUCUACAAUAACGUGUUUUAUUUUAAGGCAUUUUUUGAAGUUUUUUUUUUUUUUUAUAUUUAUACAUAAAUAUAUGCUUAUUUAUGCUUUUAAAAGCAAUAUGCAAAAUACUUAUUUUUUAAUUUACACUUUUAUACACUUUGUACUGUUUAUUACUAUUUCCUAGCAGUAGUAUAAUUUUGGAGUAAAUUUAUGAAUUUAUAUACAUAUAUAAAUAUGUGUAUUUAAUUUAUGCUGAACACAUAUACACUUAAUUUAAAACAAUGGUAAUGCUAUGUUAUUAUUUAACUUGAGAAUUUCAUUUUAUUUUAUUCCAAAUUAUAUUUUCAAAAUGUUUCAAUUAAAGAAAGCUCCUUUAAUUUGUGUAAUAGUAGUUAAUCUUUAAAUUCUUAUGUUGAUAGAGUUUACUUAUCGCAGUAUUUGUUUUAUUUUUUCAUUAAAUAGUUAAUAAUUAUACUAAACCGCAUAGAAUGGCUAAACUUUAAAAUCUAUUUUUAAUACACAAACCAAUAAAACUGGCUAUAAUUUAAACGGAUACACUAUUUGACUAAUGGAUUUAAUAAAGAAACCUAAUGGAAACAAAUGAAAA